AUGGCGGUGUCUCGUAUGACACUGGCCGAUCAGUACAGCGGCAAAGAUAUUAGACUACAAACUGGUAAGGAGUACGGCUACGCCUUGAAAUUGGCCAACGCCACUAUCCGAGACAAUGCUGCCAGUAUACAAGACGAGACCGUUGUAGCUGUCUGGCUGUUGGGCCUCUAUGAGAUGAUUAGUAUCAUCCUCACACAUGGCAGGACAUCGGAAGGCUCUUUGACCGAGGAAGAAGAAUGGCAGUCUCAUAUCUCUCAUGUAAAAGGAGCGAUGAAUCUGCUGAGGCUUCGCGGGCUCGUACAAUUCACGCAUCCUCGAUCGGAGAAGAUCUUUCGUAUCUUCAAGGCGGCUAUUCAAAUGCGUCUCUUCAUUCUGAAUUCGGUGACCUCAAAAGACUUUGACGAUCUUGAGAUCGACGUGUACAAUGAGGAUCAAGAAUUCGUUCCUUCCAAGACCGCAAACAAAGCUACUGCGUACUUUCACAGUGUGGCCCGUUUGCUGGAGAAGAUCAAGCAAUUUCUCAUUCGGAGAUCUGACAAGCCUGAGCUGGUUGAUAGAGUCAAAGCUGACGGAUAUACCCUCCUUCAAUACGGCGAAGCCCUGGAUGUAAGCAUGGAAGGCUGGAGCAAGGAUGAACCUGGAUGGGACAUUAUGUCUGUCCGUGCUGAAACAGCCGGUACCAUGUGGGCUCUUUACCCUUCUCAUGCGGUCUACUAUUUCUACAGUUUCUGGAUCUACCUCUACUGGUUGCGAUUCCUCAGUGCCCGCGUCAAGCUCUAUGAAGCUCUCAUUGAAUUGCGGAAGGUCGUUUCGCAGGAGAGUCUCUCUAACGAUGCUCGUCGAGGUUCUGCGACCCAAAAUUUACACCUCUCAAAAUACAGGACCAUCAUACAGAUGACCGCAGCUGAGCUCAUCGGGCUAACAGCCUAUGCUCUAGGAGAUGUUACACCGACGGGUGCUUUCAAUUCGUCGGCCUCAGGUCGGAGCCCACAUGGCGGCUUCCGAGAGAUCAACGUUGUUGCAACGAUGCAACUGGUGAUACCGCUGAAGAUGUUGCAGAGGUCGCAAUAUCCCACUCCAACGCAAAAGGGGGCAGUCGACCUUGCAAUCACACAUAUUGGCGACGGAUUUCGGCGGCAACCUCUUCUUCUCACCUGA